GGCUGGUGGGUCUGGCUGCUGAGCAGUGUGCUGCAGGACAGCGUGGCCGUGGUCCCAGAGGCGCCGUCCCAGAGAGAGCCCAAGAUUCUGACACAAUGAGGAAGCAUCUGGGCGGAAGCUGCCUGGCGGUGGUCUGUGUCCUGCUGUUCUGCCAGCUCUGCACAGUCCAGGCGAGAGGCAUAAAGCACAGAAUCAAGUGGAACCGGAAGGCCUUGCCGAGUCCCUCACAGGUCACCGAGGCCCGUGUGGCCGAAAUCCACCCUGGCACCUUCAUCAGGCAGGGCCGAAAGCUGGACAUCGACUUCGGAGCCGAGGGCAACAGGUACUACGAGGCCAACUACUGGCAGUUCCCUGAUGGAAUCCACUACCAUGGCUGCUCUGAGGCCAACGUGACCAAGGAGAAGUUUAUCACCAACUGCAUCAAUGUCACCCAGGCGGCCAACCAGGAGGAGCUGUCCCGAGAGAAACACGACAAGCUUUACCAGCGAGUCCUGUGGCGGCUGGUCAGGGAGCUCUGCUCUGUCAAGCGCUGCGAUUACUGGCUGGAGAGGGGAGCGGGGCUGCGGGUCACCAUGGACCGGCCCGUUAUGCUCUGUCUGCUGCUUUUCUUUUGGUCAAUCGUGAAAUAGGCCUGCAAGGGGGCUGGCAGUCACAGAGAUGAGAGGGGAAGCAAAUCACGGAGGGACCCCGGCUCCUCUCCUCCAGCCCCACACCCACACAUGUUCUGAAGGUACCAAGGAGCAGUGAUUUUUCAGCGCUUCAAAGAGCACUCCCCAGGGUCCCUUGGGUAUUCGCUUGUAUUUGAUAAAUGUGCGUGUGUCAGUCCCCUUGGGCUCCACCAGAGGGCGGCUUGCUCAGCGCAGCUUCCUUAGCCCCCGCAGGAGCGUCCAGGCACACCGUAUCGUUAUUAUUAUGCAAUCAGUGUUUGGAGAGCCGAUCAAAGAACGCACCAGGGACUGUGCCAAGCACUCCACAGUGCUCCCCACGGCUCCUAGACAGAGGCGUCCUUCCCAUUGUAGAGAUGAGGUGAAGUGGCUAGAAGGUGGCAGAGACAGAAUUCAACCCCAGAUGUUCCACUCUGGGCAACCCCAGGGCUGUCUUGUGAGCCAUUAUGGCUCGCAAGGCCCAAAUCCAAACACAUAUUUCUGACGAAAUCGCAGCAACUCCACUUUUAGAAAUAUGAAAAGGCCUGAGCUGACAGCCAUGUAUUCUGUACCUAGUUACAUGGAGACUUCAAUUCCUUUAACAUACAAUAAAGAGUAUUUUUUAAGGACAUGCCUGCUUCCUAACGUCUCCUAACCCUAUGUGCAUAUCUUUAUUUUCAUGCAUACAGUAUCUUUAAAUAUAUCCCUUUACCAAGGCACCCCACACAAUCUCUAGCUGGUUUCUGCCGCCGCUUUGGCAGGGGCCGCCCUUUCUGUGAACCACUGAUCGCCACAAGAGAAUCAUUCCCUUCCAAAAAGGUUAACAAGAAACUUGUUUUAGGGAAACCCAGUGAAGAAUUCAUUCACACCAUAAGCAAGGGUAGGUAUAACAUUUAUUAUCUACUUAUCAUUAGUUAAAUACAUAUAUACAUAUAUUACAAAAUGUUAUUAAUGUCAGUUAAAUGUGUGUACUACAAAAUAUGAAACCUUUAAAUAAAAACGAUUAAUCUGAUGCUCCAACAUAUCCCCCACCCCUAAUCCCGCCCCCAGUCUCUCUUGGCUCCUCUCUAAGACCCAGGAGAUGUUGAGCUAUAUUUGGAAAUGAUAGCUGCUGAAUAUUAUCAAUUCUUCUUUAAAGAGAGUCUGUAAGGGUGAAAACAAUGUGCAUUCUCAGACAAUUUAUCCAGAGUAUUUUAAAACAUGAAUGCUGAUAAUGGUACCUCUUGUCCUCAGUCUCCACUGCUAUCAGUGUUCUUCUCAAGGUUACACUUUGAAGGUUUUAAUAUAGAAGCCGGUUGGGCAAUUGGGGGUGGGCCAACUGGGUGCACAACUGGUGUACUCCCCUGGGUACAGUUGGAGACUCCCACCCCCACCCCCUUGCCCCCACCCUGCACAGAAACAGCACCCCAGAGGCACACGACGCCUUUGUUCUCCUGCAGCCGGCCAUGGGCUUACCUUUUGCUUCUACGUUCCUACAGGUCAGGGAGCAGCACUGAAAUACAGAACAGGCAGAGACUAUUUCUCACAUGUCAGUUUUUAUUUUUAUUUUUAAAAUAAUAACAACAGCAAGCAAAAAAGAAAGAACAAGUACUUGUAGGCUGACGUUGAAAUUCCAAGUCCUUGCUCUCCUGGUUUAAUUACAAGGCCACACACAGCUGUGUAAGCAGAAUGACUUCAUUUCUGACCUGAAAACACUUAAGCCAUGAUGUAGUACAUUUUCUGUAAUUGCUGUCUUCUCUCAUUUUGUUCACAGUUUCAGAAACCAGAUUUAAGUGGGGCGUGAAGGGAAUUUAUAUGUGGUGAUUCAAAUGCAAGAUCUAUUUAUGGAGCUUUUAAUUAAAACUGUAUGUGCUUGAACAUCUUUAAUGAUGUUUAGGAAUUAGGAGGUCAAGAAAAGUCUCUAUGAGUCUCAUUUUUCACAUUAGCAAAGGGUAGCUGAGUGCCUACUAUGCACAAGACACAUAAGGGGCUUCUGAAUUAGUCUUGAUACGGUCAUUUUAAAUGUGAAUAAUUUCAAUAACCACUGCUUUCUUGUCCCUUCCAAAUGUUGACUUUUUAAAAUGUUUAUUGUAAAAGUGAUGCUGAAAUUAAAAUAGAAAUGCAAAUAAAACACUUUUCAUAAUCCCA